AGUUGGAUGUUAAUGUGAAUGGUUUGUCAUGUGUGCGGAGCGUGUAGCGGUACCAGUAAGAUAGAGGAUUAGAAUUUAGAGGAACAGCGUCAGCGACACAACAAACACUAGAAGAAGGGAUUAGGAAGAAAAAACCCCAAUCCAAAGAAUUGAUAAGAAGAAUAUAAGAACUAAGUAACUAAUAAGUAAUAACAAUAACAAUAAUAAUGUCGAAAAAGGGAGGAGGAGGGGCUUCGUUGCAGAAGGACGUGCCGUGGAGAGCGUCAGCUUCGUCAGUGAGGCCGGUUCCCAAAAUUCACCAUUCUCCUGUUCUUCGCGUUUCCCAAUCUCCUUUCUCCGAUUACGCCCUCUUCGUUAUGAAGCAACCCGACCCAAUUGGAGAUGGAUUCGGCCAAGAGGCUAUAGUGGAAGCUGCUGGUCCUGACUGCAUAGUACCUGGCCAAGUUAUGCCCCUCAAGCUUCUCGGUGUUAAGGUCUGGCCAAUCCAUGUUGACUUCAAAUUUUUGGAACCUGUUGGACGAGAACUUAAGAUGCUUGGAAAGUUCAUGGAUGAUGCAGUUGAACUUAUGAACAAAUCUUUCAUAGAUCGUUGAUAGCAUCUGUGGCCUGUGUUUGUGAAUAGAUGAAACAUCAAUUAAGGGAACUGGAGGGAACUGGAGGGAACUGGAGCAUCGACAAGCCGAGUGACUUAACAUUUGGCUCAUUUUGUAUUGUAGUCUUACUCUCAAUGAAUUGAGACAUCGAGUCAAAAUGUCAAUUUGAGAUGAUAUUACUUAGAGAAAAAUGACAAAGUUAGAACUUUGAACUGCAUGCACAGCUAUUGGACUUGCAUCCUGAUUCCAAAUAGAAUGAAAUGUUUUUCUUGUUGUA